UUCUAGUGCAGGAAUCCAUGAAACUUCAGGGCAGUUAAACAUCUAUUUUCACACACACACACACACAUGUAUAUAUUUAUUAACAGCUACUAGUUAGGGUUUAAAACUACGCAUGCGGGGCUGCAGACAUGGCGGGAGUUAUCCGGAGGCUCGACGAGACUGUUGUGAACCGGAUCGCUGCAGGAGAAGUUAUCCAGCGUCCUGCCAACGCUGUCAAAGAAAUGAUUGAAAACUGUCUGGAUGCAAAGUCCACCAACAUCCAGGUGACAGCCAAAGAAGGCGGACUGAAGCUCCUGCAGAUCCAGGACAACGGCACCGGAAUCAGGAGGGAAGAUAUGGAAAUAGUUUGUGAAAGGUUUACCACCAGCAAACUGCAGACCUUUGAGGAUCUUUCAAGCAUUGCAACCUAUGGAUUCAGAGGAGAGGCCCUUGCCAGCAUAAGCCAUGUGGCACAUGUUACCAUAACAACCAAGACAGCUGAUGCCAAGUGUGCUUAUAGAGCCAGUUACAGCGACGGCAAACUGAAAGGCCCCCCCAAACCAUGCGCUGGAAACCAGGGGACGCAGAUCCUGGUGGAAGACCUUUUCUACAACGUGUCCACCAGGAGGAAAGCUCUGAAGAGCCCCAGCGAUGAGUACUCCAGGAUCGUAGAAGUGGUCAGCAGGUAUGCCAUACACAACUCAGGAAAAGGUUUUUCUGUUAAAAAGCAAGGAGAGACGGUGGCAGACGUGAGGACGCUGGCCAACGCGUCCGUCGUGGACAACAUCCGUAGCAUCUUCGGCAACGCAGUCAGCAGGGAGCUGAUCGAAGUCGGCUGCGAAGAUCAGAAGCUGGCGUUUAAGAUGAAAGGCUACGUCUCCAACGCAAACUACUCCAUGAAGAAAUGCAUCCUGGUCCUCUUCAUUAACCACCGCCUGGUGGAAUCGAGUGCUUUGAAGAAAGCGGUUGAGACGGUUUACGCUGCAUACCUCCCCAAGAACACACAUCCGUUCCUGUACCUCAGCUUGGAAAUCUCACCUCAGAAUGUGGACGUGAAUGUUCACCCCACGAAACACGAAGUGCACUUCCUGCAUGAGGACAGCGUCAUCGAGAGCGUUCAGAAACACGUUGAGAGUAAACUCCUGGGCUCCAACUCUUCACGCACGUAUUUCACUCAGACUUUGCUGCCGGGUCUGUCGGUGUCCGGUGGCCCGGAGGUGAAGGCCUCCAGCUCCGCGGCAGAGUCCACCGAGCGGGUCUACGCGCACCAGAUGGUGAGGACCGACUGUCGCGCCCAGAAGCUGGACGCCUUCCUCCAGCCCAGAGAGAAGCCGACGUCGGACCCCGAGCCAUCUGGUCCCAGCAGCGAGGAGGCGGCACCCAAAACCCUGGAGCUGGAGGACGUGGAUGAUGCAGAGAUGCUGGAGAUCUUGGAUACAGAGGAAGUGCAGGGGCCCAGAGACGGCGAGGACGGCAGUGGAGCUGCGCAGGAUGUUCAAAGGAAGCGGCCGAGGAAAGACGAGCAGCAGCAGCAGCAGCAGCAGGAGGAGCAGGAGGAGGAGGGAGGAGAGAACCUGACGGCUGCAGCGACGCCCAAGCGGCGAACCAUCAAACUGACCAGCGUGAAGGAGCUGAGAGACGAGAUCAGCGACAACUCGCACAAAGGUCUACAGGAAAUGCUGCAGAACCACUCGUUCGUGGGCUGCGUUAAUCCCCAGUGGACUUUGAUCCAACACCACACCAAACUGUACCUGCUCAACGCCACCAAGCUCAGCCAGGACCUUUUCUACCAAAUACUCGUGUACGACUUCGGGAACUUCGGCGUGCUCCGUCUGUCGACGCCGGCGCCUCUGUAUGACCUGGCCAUGUUGGCGUUGGAUUCUGAGGAGAGCGGCUGGACCGAGGAGGACGGUCCCAAGGAGGGUCUGGCUCAGUACAUCGUGGACUUCCUGAAGAAGAAGGCUGAAAUGAUGGGGGAUUACUUUUCCGUGGAAGUAGAUCAGGACGGGAAUCUGACCGGCCUGCCGCUCCUCCUGGACAAAUACACCCCCGUCAUGGAGGGUCUGCCCAUGUUCAUCCUGCGGCUCGCCACCGAGGUGAACUGGGACAACGAGAAGGAUUGCUUCAGGGACUUCAGCCGGGAGUGCAGCGCCUUCUACUCCAUCAGGAAGCAGCUCAUCCUGGAGGCCGAGCCCGGGGAGGAACAGGGUGCCGAGGUGAAUUCUUGGCGCUGGAAAGUCGAGCACGUCAUUUUCAAAGCUCUUCGGACCCUCUACUCUCCUCCAAAGAGCUUCGGCGAGGACGGCUCCGUGCUGCAGAUCGCAAACCUGCCGGAUCUUUAUAAAGUCUUUGAGCGGUGCUGAAAACAACCGUAUAUGCUUUUCUUUUUUAGUCUGAU